GACCACGCGUCAUCUAUGACCACGCGUCACCUAUUUCACCUCGGCUACGGCCUCAGUGACCACGCGUCAUCUAUGACCACGCGUCACCUAUUUCAUCUCGGCUACGGCCUCAGUGACCACGCGUCAUCUAUGACCACGCGUCACCUAUUUCAUCUCGGCUACGGCCUCAGUGACCACGUGUCACCUAUUUCACCUCGGCUUCAGCCACCCCCCACGAGACAAGACAAGGUGCAGAGCUCUGAGCUCGCCACACCUCGGCUGCGGAGUUCAGAGCUAACCGCACCUCGGCACUUCGUCGCGCACCAUGUCACCAUUAUUGGAUUGACUAGGCCACGUGGGUAUGGGCGAGCCACGUGGGUGUCUUGCCAAGUGGAACAAGGCCUACAAGGACCAACCUCGGGAUUUUGCAGGACCAUUUGGAGCAAGACCGACUUGAAGCAGGACCUUGAGGAUACUCAGCAACUACAGCAAGCUGUCAUAGGUGCAUGCGGUGACAAGGAAAUUGUUUAUUUCAGAGCGAUAAGAUUAGAUUCCUUUAAACUGAGGCAGCUGCCUCCCAGUGCAUGCGCACCUAGAAUCAAACCUUGUCACCGCCCCUAUGACAGCUUGCCAUGGAUCCUCCUCAACAUUUUCGCUUCUUCAGUACACGCUGUACCAAGCGACCCUGUGACCGCUCAACUCAAUGCCAUGCAACAACAAUUCGGGGUCUUCCAGCUAGUACUUGCCCAGCUGUUAGCCAGAGAUAACCCCGCUGACCCACUCAUUCACUUAUUGAACCCAGCUCCCCCCGUGGCCCCCCAACCAGCUCAACAGCCCGCCAACUCCCCGGUUCGCAGUGCUGCCCCGACCGCUUCCCAAGCACAGUCUCACAUACCACCCCAGCCACAAAACCCACCCCAACCAGCCGCCUCAGAUGUCUCAAGGAGGCUGGAUAACCUAGAAAAACUGUUGGCCGAGAACAAAAAUCCACAAUCACAGGUCCCGCCUAUACCAACCUCUAUCCCCACUCCCCUCAACACUAAAAUCACCCAAGAACCAUAUCCACCCGGUUUCAGGAUGCCGAUGUUUGAAACGUAUGACGGCACUAAAGACCCUGAUGACCACUUACAUGCAUUCUUCUCCAUCAUGCAGGCUCAAAACGCCUCGGACGUGCUCAUGUGCAAGAUGUUUCCCUCCACAUUGCGCGGCAAUGCCCGGACCUGGUAUCAUACCCUGCGUCCGAACUCGAUUAACGCAUAUGCCUAGCUGGCCGUCUCCUUUGCCACCAAAUUCUCUAGCAGAAGGGUGAUAAAAAAGACGACACCCGAGCUCAUGCGCAUAACACAACGAGAAGGUGAAUCCUUGAAGAACUACAUGAACAGGUUCAAUGACGCCAUGCUGGAAGUCAAUGCCUUCGAUGAAGCAGUGGGAGUAACUGCCGUGAUACAAGGCCUCAACCAUGAUCGGUUUCGGGACAACUUGGUCAAGAACACCCCAACUACUUUUGACGAAGUCAACCAGAGAUCCCUUAAAUUCAUUAAGGCUGAGGAGUACGUCCUCUCCAAACCCCAGCCCCCCAAAGAAGCUAGAGCCCCCACCUGGAGAGACGAAAGCCAGAGCAGAAAAAAGUUCAAACCUACACAGAAUCGAGGCCCAAUUCCGGUUCCUAAGCUAGACAGGCCCAGCUCCAGCACCCC